UUAAAGAUGUGGGGAAGAGCAUCCUGCUUUUAUACCCUACUGACAGCAAAUACCUCGACCAACUCAUCGGACUGUGGCGCAUCUCUGGUGCAGGCGAGGACGGUAGAGACAGCGACGCCGUAUGGCAAGCGUCCUCUGGCUGUUCCAGGCGUCAAGCGCUGCGUUGAGACACCCGUACCUUUCCUUCUCAUGCGUUCCCCUGGUUUGGAGACCCACGAAGGGAGAGUCUGGCUUCCAAGCACUCCGAAUGACGGACAAAUCGACACCACCGGAGGCGAGAGAGAGAGCGACUUCCUGUACCACCGGCGACAUGCAGACUUGCCAAAACAUCAAAAGAACGAAGCAGAGUGAAUGGAGAGGUGAGGCUCGG